AUGAACUGUGCUCAACCCAGCGUAGCAGCAAGGGGAGAAGAAUUGCCAGGACCCUCAGUUCCACAAUCGCUCUGCUACUCCUACAACCCUCGUACGAUCGGUCAUUCUUUCCUGCAUGGUGGGUUCAGCUUCUCGGGACUCAGUUUGCCUGUGGUGACCCUAUUGACUGGUGGGAGCAUCGACACUGCAGCAUCGGCUCUGACACUGGAGGACUGUCCUGAUAUUGACCAUCGUGAAACAAUUGUUUUGCUGAAGAAUGCUGAACUUACUGCAGAAGAAAACACCAAAGUGACUGAUCUUUGCCUGUCCUGGGAUCUUCCUUUUCCAACCUCCACCAAUCAUGUCUGGCUGUUCCAGGAACUGCUUUCACAUGCAGUACUUCACCGUGUUAAACAGCCAAUUAAACAAAUACGGAAAGGCCUUAAACAAACAGGAAUCUGGCCACUUCUUUCAGAUAGGCCAGAUGUCCACCCCUUAAUUUUCCCAAGGGAGCCAAGUGAGGAGUUUAACCCACAGACCGUGAUCCUGAGCAUUACCUGGCCACAACCCAACUUGGACAGCGACGAGGAUGAGUUGAAGCUCCCCAGCCACUACCAGACCUACAAGAUCUUUCACCAGGACUUGAUGAUGGCCCUCAGUUCCAUACAUUCUGGCUUUGGACUUGUGUAG